AUGCCGCCAUUUAUCUCCAGUUGUGUUUACACGCUCUGUAGUCCGCAGAUAGGAGUGUUUGCUGACGCCUCUAGUAACCGACGAGAUGCACACCGAAGAGACGGUCGCCCUCACGGUGCUCACACUCUAAUGAAUGGGGACGAGACAGAGUAUCUGCAGCCUGUGCUUGGAGUUUUGCCCACACAGCGAUUUAAGCCAUUGAACUCUUCAUGGGUCGGAGCCCUUCUGCUCUUCUUGGUUAUAUUGCAAGAGCUGGUGGGUGUAGUCACUGUGUUCUUCUGGCCAGCCAAAGCACGCCACUGUGAGCCACUCUUCUUGUUACUCUACAGCCACGCCUGUCUCUGGUUCCUUGUACUAUUCCUGGACCAUGUACUCAAGUGGCACCACAACAAGUUGAGGCUGGAAGGUUAUCUGAGCGCCUAUGAACAGAUGACCAAAUACGGUUCUCUUCCGUUCUAUAUCGUUUCACUGGGUAUCACAGUGAUGUUGGUAAUAAUCACAGUCUACCAUCAAGUGCACGUUGUACUGGAGCCAGUCUGCACUCUGACAUUGCUCUCCCCGCUGGUGGUAGCUCUCGGAACCACCUCACUAGAGUCUGUUUUACUCUCCUACAUCCUCAUCUUGUACCUGGUUAAAGUUCACAAAUUCAAUGCUGUGAGGGCUCCACCCGAUGUGAACAGCUUUGAUACGUGGGAUGCUUUCACUAGUCAGGAAGUGGGAUACAGGGAGCGAGGGGAGGAUGUUCAGGAGCUGUUACAGAAGCAGGCCGAUUCCAUCCGCUACUACAAAGAUGCUAUAGAAGUGCUGCAACGGAAGGUGAUGGGUCUGACAGCUCAGCUUAGGGGUGACUCCAUCAACUAACAGUGCACAACAAGUACUCUAGUGGGUACAGUCUACUGACUCUUACAAAAACUAGAUCGAUUUAUGUAUAUUAGUUUCACUUCUGUUAGAUAGGUGAUAUUCUUGGUUAAACUAUCAUUUUCCUUGUAUCAAGUUACCUAAUGAUAAUAACUACAAAUCGAGGUUCAGAUAAAGUGUUUUGCUGGUGUUGGUAAUUAUCAUCAUUUAUAGCUUUGAUCUAGUUAGAGGUGUAGACAAAGUUGUGUGACUAAACCUACCUAUCACAAUAAUUUUAAAUUUCCUGAUAUAAAGGCUAGUUUGUGUACUUCCUCGAUGACUUCACCAGAAAAGUGUUUGAAUCGGAAAGAUACAUGUGAGUUUGUUUACAUGACAAAUAUAUUUUGUUCAAAAUAAUUUCUGAAACAGUCAUGAAAGUUAUUGUAUAUGUAUUGUCAUUUUAACAAUAUAGACAGACAAACAAAGUAAACCUGACAAGGGAUAAUCCAGGAAAACAAGAGAAUAAGUCAGAAAUUCUAUUAGUGGAACUGAGAAAACCAGUUGAAUAGUAAUGUAGUAUUGUCAAACACACCAUCCAUAGUUAUCUUUAUCUGUGCUGAAAUCGCUCACGCUGUGUCUUUGCUACGAUCUACAUACCACAUCAAAAUCUUUCUGUGCUUGUUCUUUAUUAAUUGAUAAGCAUAGUUUGGACUAUUGUAUAGAUUAUCAAGGUUGUAAUGUAUUUAAUUUAAUUUUAGGUUUUGACUCAAUGUCAUUCAGAACUAAUAUUGUUAUUCAAACGAGUAUAAAUGACACAACAGAAACAAUUUCUGUCGUUACUCUUUUAGUUGAAAUGUAUCUUUAGUUUAACAGUAACGAGAUCUAACAAGUCGUGUUUAUGUAAAGUGACAGUAGUGAUUAAUCUUAGUGUUCAGUUUUUAAUGUAAGUUGCUAAAAGGAACAUCUUAAAAAUUAAAGUAGAAAUAGAAAACUAUUCUCUAGUUAAUGUACAUGUGUAUUUUACAAGGCUAGAUUUAAUAUACCUAAGCUUCUUAUAACCCCAAUUUUCAAUUUAUUAUGUUUGCAUGACAACUUGCAUGAUCAUUAAUUUAAAUCUGUGUUUAUAUUUUGUUUUUAAUUGAGAAAUAUAGUUUAAAAAUCAAUAAUUUGUUUUAUCCUCAAUAAAACAAUAUAAAUUAUAAUGCACAUAUCCAAAAUAUGACAACCAAAGUUCUGAAAUCAAAAACUAACAUUACUAAUACUUUUUUAUAUUUAAUACAGUUUAGGUCCAGUGAUGCCAUGUUAAUUUUGUCUGUCCCUUUCUCAAUUAUUAAUUUCAGCAUUUUUUUCUUAAAAAAAAAAUGUAAUUAUACGUCUAGGAUUACAAAAAAUGAAUCCCAAUGUAUUGUUUUAUUUUCUCAGUUAUCAACAAUUACCAACAAAAAGUAAUCAAAUAUUCAAGGUAGUAGUACCAAGGUAGAAUGGUACCAGGGCAUUCACUCCUACUAUGUAUCAGAUCUCCCUUGUGUUAAUAAGAAUUAGUAAUUUCUAAUUAAGGUUAAUAUUUUUAAUCAAUACUCAACAAACUAAUGGAAAUAAUGGGUAUUAAAAACUUGGUUAAGUUUAUAGCAAGAGAUAUAUGUUACAGCCUGACAUAAAUUAUUAUUCCAGAUACCAGAAGUCUAUUCAGGUGCAUUGUUGUCAAAUAAAAAAAUUCAAAAUGUCAAGUAUUAAAUUUGAUGCAUUAAUGAUGAAUCAUAUCAUAAGGUGAUUUAACUAAACAGUUGGUGUGUGCUAUUGCAUCCAUUCAACAUUUGAUCUCAUUUGUGGUUGUUUCUAUUGGAAAUUAUAUAUGAAUAUUGUAACCAAAAUCAAAUCAAAAUUAUUUUUUAUUGUCAUAAAAAUUGUAAGAAUCAUUUUAAAGUCAAAAAUGAGGCCCAGUGACAGCCAUGCCCAUCUUAAUGUUAACAUACAAAUUAGAAUGUUAACAUGCUAGUUAUAAAACAGGAAAAUGAAAAUAUAAUGGUAACCAGUAUGAAUUAAACUCAGAUAGUUGCAUUAGUUGAUGAUGGAAAAGUGUAUAAUUUUAAAAGUUUCUAGCUAGAAUGUAAUAGAUUUCGUGCAAAAGAAGGAUUUCCAGCAAAUAUAAAGGAUUGUCCUAAAACCAGGAAUAAUAUUUUCUUAGGAAACUUUUUUGAUCAUAUUUUUGAACUGAUAGAGUAGAUGAUUGUAUACUUUCAAGGAAACUACUGAGUGACUAUUUUGUGUUAUGGUUAACCUGUUAUGAUAAAUUACUACGGAACUCUUAUGCUUUGUAUUGUAUAAGUAAUUAUCAAUGUUGGGUUCGAUUUUGAAAAAUAUUUCUUUAAAUCAAAAAGAUAAGCUUUUAUAACAUUUUAAAUUUUAAAAUCUUAAAAAGAGGUAUUUUUAAGAAUAAGAAUAGUAUUGGUAUUAUUUCCUCACAUGAUGAGCCCAUAUCUAAGGAUGAACUGAAAAAGGCAAAAUAAUCUGUUUUAAUAUACUCACUAGGAAUAAAUUGAGUGAGAUGCCUAAGGAUAAAGACAACACAUGAUAAUUUAGAGGAUUUGUAAUUUGUGUGUGUAUCCCAAUUAAAAUUUUUAUCCAUAAAUAUUCCCAAGAGUUUGACACUUGAUAGGUUACAAUGAGGGUUAUAAUUGUUAUCAGUUGGCCUUAAACUGAAUAGCAUAUUUUGAGUUUUUGAUUCAUUUAAAAGAAAGCCAUUACAAUUUUAAGCUUCUGCAAUAACAGAUUCUGUAGUUAAACAAAGUGCAUUUAAAUUAUUGCUAAAACUUAAAAAAAAUUGUCUCAUCAGCAUUUUUUGUUGCUGGGACUGAAAAAUGAAGGUCAUUAAUAGAUGUUAGUAACAACAGUGGGCUAAAUGUAUAUCCUUGAGGGACUCAAUAGUUCAUUAUAGCUUCCCCAGAUCAUGUGCCAUUAACAAAUACUUUUUGUUUCUUAUCAACUAAGUAAGAUUUAAGAAAUGAAAUAAAUUUGUUGUCAAUAUUAUAAUAUGAUAGUUUCAUAAUGAGAUCAUCCAUUUCCACACAGUCAAAGCCCAGUUCAGGUUACACAAUGUCACCUGAGCAAAAUCGUUUUCCUCAAAAGCCUGAGAGAUGCUCCUUACCAGAAUGUUCAAGACCUGAAUGGGAGAUUUAUUUCGAAAAUCAAACUGUGUGGGAUUCAAAAGAUGAUUUAUUUCAAGAUAAAAGACAUAUCUGUUAAUAGACCAAAGGCUCUAAAAGUUUUCCUACGAUGGGAACAAUAAAUAUGAGUCGGUAACUCUCUGGUUUAUUUGUUGUACCUUUUUUUGAAAAUAAGACAGACAUGAGAGAUUUUCAUUUUAUCAAAGAAAUAACUAGAGAAAUUUAAAAAAAAGGUGAGAGGGCCAGUUAUAUGAGGAGUUAUUUUUUAAAUUAGACUGUUAGACAUAUCAUAAAUGUCACAGGUAUCAAAAUUAUUAAGAUUUUUAAUUCACAAAGAAUUUUUUCUGGAGUAACUUCUGCUGAAAGGUUUCAGAUGGUUACUUUAAAUAGUUUUUCCUUAGCAACUCACACGAGCUUUGAAAAUUAUUACCCAAUCUUUUUAUCACAGCAACAGAAUCGAUUAUAUAAUUAUUUAAAAUGUCUGGGCUGAUACAUGUAUUGUGUUUAAUAUUGGUUGUCUGACCGUUUUCGUUAAUUAUUUUUCAAUCUGUUUUACACUUUUUAUUACUACUAUUAAUCAUGUUUUUAUUAUGUGAGAGCUUGGCUAAAGUUAAAGGUUGUCGGUUCUCUUUCUUCAAUUUUUGAAAACUUUGUUUAGAGUUUUGAUAAUUUGUUUGAAAUUUCAUCCAGGUAUUGCAGUCUGUCUUUUACUUUAUCCAAAUCAAUUCAACCACUUUUAUUGGUGCAAUUAAAUUUUUUGCACAUCACUCAUAUUCCUGCUGCUCAGUUAACCGAUUAUGCUUUGUAAUAAAAAGGAUACAAUCUGUUUCUGUUCAUGUCUUAUGCAUUUAAUAAUGUCUCCAUAACAUAGAGAUAGAAUAUAAAUGGCAAAAAUAUCAAAAACAAAAAUUUGUAUUCAUACAAGCUCUUAAGUAAUUUAUCAUCAGUUAUAUGGUGAUUUAUUGUAUAUCUACGAGCUUAAUACACACAUUCAAGAAUUUUUCAUUUCUGAGUUAGUCUUGGUCCCUUUAGAUAAUAUAAAGGCACCGUAAUCAAACCAAAGAGAAGUCAAGAUGAUAUUAUAGCAUAAUUAUUAUCAUUUGUGACAUUUAAAAUAUAUUAUUUUGAGAGUUGUAUUAAGAUUAACAUAUUUUGGAAGAUUUCAUGUAUUUUUAUUAUUUAUAAGCUUAGGUAGGUAAUGUUGUUUUCCUUUAGCAAGCAUAUUUUAGAUGUCAUAAAUGAUUUUUUCAAAUUAAGAUAAAAAUAUUCGCAAUAGACAAUUAUAAAAUAAAAUAAUACUUUUAAGAAGAUUGUCAUAUCCUAAAUAUUGCUGUAUGAUGAAUAUUUUGUGUUACCAAUAGUAAUUGUGAUUUCCCAAAUCUUAUCUUAGUCAAUUAUUUAACCAAAGAAAUUAUGAAUUUGUUGUCAUUUAUAUGGAAAAAAUCACAAUGGGCAUUAAUAGCAGCUAUGUACCGUUUUAUAAAAUUAACUGUUAGAAAUGGUAAUAUUCAAUUUGCCUCUUAUAUUUGUUUGUUUAAAAUAACUUUCAAUGCAAUUUUAAGUAAUCAAAUUUAACAUUCCACAGCUUGAACUGUACGUAACAAUUUCAGCUCUAAAUGUGUAAACAUUAGUAAAUUGAGAAUACUUAGUGAUGUGAAUAUAAUAUAUUCACUAUAUACAAGUACUUCUUAGACAUAAUUUUCAGUCUCAGUGUUUAAAUCCAAUUUUUCUGUUAAAAACACCAAAGUGCAUUGUAGAAUACAAAUGAAAAGAAGUGAGACAUGUUCAGUUCACUCUUAAACUGAGAUUUACUGUCACUUGUAGGUGUGUAAUGUUGAUUUUUCUGUAGUUACUUCUACUGUGUUAGUAGUGUAUUAAGUGAAUUCUGAACAGAUUGUUUAUGUUUGUAAUGUGAUGUAUAUAUAGGAUAUAGAUUUAAGUUUAGGCUGUGACCUAUAAACCAGAUUGUACAUAAUAAAAAUAACUAUUUGCUUAUAUUCUUUUCUGUAUAAAAUGGUCGGAAAUGUUAAUAAAAAUUUAAAGACAG